AUGCCCUCCAAGUCAAACCCUCGUCGCUCGGACUUUGAGGUGGGGAUUCUAGCUGCCUUGGCCCUGGAGGCUCAAGCAGCUCGAGGGAUCUUUGAUGAGAUCUACGACGAUGAAACGGAGAACGCCAGUGCUGGUGAAGAUGGGCGAGCCACCAGGGACACGAAUUCGUACACCAAAGGCCGCAUCGGACGUCAUGAGGCCGUACUGGCACACAUACCAGGGAUGGGGAAGGUCAAUGCAGCCAACGCCGCAUCAAGCUUUCUGUCGAGCUUUACAGAACUGAAGCUUGUACUGCUGGUUGGGAUCUGCGGGGGCGUUCCUCACGGGCCAAAUGGUGUGGAGAUUAUGCUCGGCGAUGUCAUCAUCGGCAAGAAUGUGAUUCAAUCCGACUUUGGACGGCAGUUUCCAGACGGGUUUGUGCGAAAGAACAGCGUUGACGACAACCUGGGAAAGCAAGGGCCGAGAAUCAGGUCCUUCAUUACGAAGCUCGAAUCCUGCAAGCAGAACCUCGAGGAGACGAUGUCAUUGAAGCUCCAGUCAUUGCUUCGGAAGCCUGAAUUCGAGCCAUUAAAGUAUCCAGGAUCGAGUGAAGAUAAGCUGUUUUUGCCUGACUACGUGCACAAGCACUACAAUGCUCAGACCUGCGAGUGCUCUCAGGAUGGUAAAAUAUGUUCUAUCGCUAAACAAAGUAGUUGCGAGGAACUGGGCUGCAGCUCGGCAUGUUUGGAAGCGCGCAAACGGCGUCAGGAUCAACCCUCCAUCCAUUUCGGCUCGAUCGCAUCCGGAGAUGCAGUGAUCAAGUCCGGCCAGCAUCGUGACAAGAUUGCUCACAGGGAGGGGGUCAUAGCCAUUGAGAUGGAAGGUGCGGGAAUUUGGGAGUAUCUUCCUUGUAUUGUCGUCAAAGGAGUGUGUGACUAUGCAGACAGCCACAAGAAUAAAGAGUGGCAGCGAUAUACCGCUGCUGCUGCAUCGGCUGGUGCGAGAGCAAUCUUGGAACAAUGGGAAGCAACGGAUAGACCUCGAGAGAGUGGAAUGGUGAGCGUCUUUCCCCAGCUGAUUAAAUUACAAAACUGA